GGAGGAAGAGAGGUGGGGGUGGAAUCAGAAACUCUUGCAAAGCUUCAUCCACCUCAGGCUCCGUGCAGACCGGCAGCGCUGCCCUCCACACAACCCAGGAUCAGAACCUCCGAGUCAGACAUGGCCCAGGCUGAGACGCCCUCCGACGCCAUGGGGCUGACAUUCAGAGAAGACACUGCUCUGACGGAGAUGAUGCGUCUUCGCGUGUCGUCGUUGCAGCGCUCGGGGCACAAACGUCAGGAUGGCGAGCGCCUGCUUCUUCCCCACGAAGCCGUGUAUCGUCUAGACUUCCACAUCCAGGGGCUGAACUUCUCCCGCUGGUAUUUCUCCCUCUCUGGCCACGGUCGUGUCACCAUCACUGGUAUUUCCCAGAACUGGACCCCUGACCUCACCCACCUGAUGACCCGGCAGCUACUGGAGCCCAUCGGAACGUUCUGGCGUAACGCCGACGACCCCGAGGACUCGGCGCUCAAAUGCCUGGAAGCGGACAUGCAGGAGUUCGGCGAGAGGAUCGCUGAGCUGGCCAAGGUCAGGAAGGUCAUGUACUUCCUGUUUGCUUUCAAGGACGGAGCGGAGGCAGCGAACCUCAGCUGCUCGGUGGAGUUCACACCAGAAAUAUGACUUUUCUCAUUUUACCAGAACAAACCUGUAGCUGCAAUAUUUUGUUCAAUGUUUAAACUUUAAGAAAACACACUGUAGCAGCAGAGAGAACAAAUCUUUAAAUGUCUCCCUCCAGCUCCGAGGUUUGUAACGUAAAGGUUUUAUUUCACAAAAUAAACAUUUAGUAAAAAACAAAUCAUCUAUGAGAAGAAAAUUAAAACAAGUUUGACUGCACUUUACUUCGAAUUAAUAUGGAACUAAUUCUCCUGUACUUUUCAUGGUGCUACUUGAUGAUCAAUGUAUCAUAAAUCAUCAAUAUUCAAAUAUUUUAAAUUCAUAUAGAAACAUGAGAAUUCAUGAAACAUUUCUAUACACAUUAUUUAACGGUGAUUUUGAAGCCUCGUUAUCAAUGAUGAACAUUUUAGAUUUUUUUAUGUGUCACAAUGAAAUUAUCUUGAAAACUAAAUAAUUAUCUGUAAGACACUAAGUAAAACAACAUGUAAAUAAAAAAUGCCUUUAUUGAUCAGCUGUGAUAAUAACAUGAGUAACUUGUUUUUUGUCUUUGUUGCUUUUUGUAUUUUAAGUAGAAAUAAAACAAUUGGCUGUGAAUGGAAAUAUCAAAUGUUCCCGUUGCAUGACUUUCAGCCUGAGAGAUCAAUGGAGUCUAUUAAAUAUCGACUGAAA